UUAAUCGUAGUGGCAUCAUUACAGACACCGCAUGAAGAAAAAGGUUUUAUUUUGUGCAACUGCUCGGAACCAAAUUGAAUAAAUAAUAAAUUUAAUAAUUUAAUAAACCAUGGCGAGUGUAUCGUACCACAUAGCGAAUCUGCUUGAAAAGAUGACUUCAAGUGACAAAGAUUUUCGCUUUAUGGCUACAAAUGAUCUGAUGGUCGAAUUGCAAAAGGAUUCUAUAAAGCUUGAUGAUGACAGUGAGAGAAAAGUUGUCAAAAUGCUCUUGAAAUUGUUGGAAGAUAAAAAUGGAGAAGUUCAAAAUUUAGCUGUAAAAUGUCUUGGACCAUUAGUUAAUAAAGUCAAAGAAUAUCAAGUUGAAACAAUUGUGGAAACUCUCUGCAAUAAUAUGGUCUCUGAUAAGGAACAGCUAAGGGAUAUAUCUAGUAUAGGUCUUAAAACAGUGAUAAGUGAACUUUCACCUACAUCUACUAAUUUAGUGGCAACCAUCUGCAAGAAAAUUACUGGAAGAUUAAGUAAUGCAAUUGCAAAGCAAGAAGACAUUUCAGUGCAAUUAGAAGCUUUAGAUAUUCUGAGUGAUUUAUUAAGUAGAUUUGGAGCUUUGCUUAUAUCUUUUCAUUUAUCGAUUCAAGAAGCAUUAUUGCCGCAACUGGCGAGUCCUAGAUUGGCUGUGCGAAAACGAUCAAUUACAGCUAUUGGUUAUCUUGUGAUGAGCUGUAAUCAGAAUCUCUUUAACAAGCUGAUUGAUGUUUUAUUGGAGGAACUUGCACAAAACACAAAUACUUCUACAGUUAGAACAUAUAUUCAAGCUAUUGCUGCUAUUAGCCGUCAAGCUGGACACCGUUUUGGAGAACAUCUAGAGAGAGUUAUGCCAGUUGUAGUUCAGUAUUGUGCUGUAGAAGAUGAUGAACUGAGAGAAUACUGCUUACAUGCUUUUGAAUCGUUUGUUCGCCGUUGCCCUAAGGAAAUUUCUCCUCAUGUUUCUACUAUAGUUAAACUUUGCUUAAAAUACUUGUGCCAUGAUCCAAAUUACAAUUAUGAUGACGAUGAUACGGAAGAUAGUAUGGAUAUGGAAAGGUGUGAUGAUGACGAUAAUGAUAGUGAAGAUGAAUAUAGUGAUGAUGACGACAUGAGCUGGAAAGUACGAAGAGCUUCUGCAAAAUGUUUGGAAGCUAUUAUUUCCACUAGACACGAAAUGUUGCUAGAAUUUUAUAAAGUUAUAUCACCAGUUUUAAUAUCACGAUUUAAAGAAAGAGAAGAAAACGUGAAGGUAGACAUUUUUCAUGCUUACAUUGCUUUACUGCGUCAGACACGUCCUUCUAUCUCAACUGUGAAUCUUGGCAUUGAAACAAUGGAGCUGGAAGAAGGCCCAGUGACUUUAUUAAAGCAACAGACUCCUCACAUAAUUAAGGCUCUUCAUCGUCAUUUGAGAGAAAAAAGUAUUAAAACAAGGCAGGGCUGUUUCCUAGUAUUGACUGAAUUAGUUACAGUUUUACCAGGAGCUCUAUCUGAACAUAUGCCUGCUCUUAUACCAGGAAUACAAUUUUCACUUGGGGAUAAAAAUUCCAGUUCUAAUAUGAAAAUAGAUACGUUAACAUUCUUAAAUUGUGUAUUAACUCAUCACCCACCAGAAGUAUUUCAUUCUCAUAUAGCAGCUUUAGUGCCUCCUCUUGUGCAUGCUGUUGGAGAUGUAUUUUACAAAAUAACUUCUGAGGCACUUUUGGUUCUGCAGCAGCUAGUCAAAGUUUUAAGGCCCUUAGAUCAACAAUCAACCCCAUUUGAUUUUGUACCAUUCGUUCACCCUCUCUAUGAAUGCACUUUAGUGAGAUUGAAAGCAGCAGAUAUUGACCAGGAAGUAAAGGAGAGAGCUAUAGCUUGCAUGGGUCAAAUUAUUUCCAACCUUGGUGACUAUUUGGAGUCUGAACUGCAAGUUUGUCUCCCAAUUUUCUUAGAUCGUUUAAGAAAUGAAAUCACACGUUUAACCACUGUCAAGGCACUGACUAAAGUGGCAGGUUCACCAUUGAAAAUAAAUUUGAAACCGAUUUUGGGUGAAUCUAUGCCUAUUUUAGCAUCAUUUUUGCGUAAGAAUCACAGGGCCUUAAAGUUGGGAACUCUUACACUUCUAGACACUCUUGUUAAGAACUAUGUUGAGCAUCUUACCCAAGAUAUGAUCAAAACUGUUUUAAUAGAGCUACCUCCUCUUAUAAGUGAAAGUGAUUUGCAUAUAUCUCAGUUGACAAUGAGUUUACUGACAUCGAUUUCUAAAGUUCAAAAGCAGCCAUUACUGAAUGUUACUGAUGCCAUAUUACCCGAAAUACUUAAUUUAGUUCAUUCACCUUUGUUACAAGGUGCUGCUUUGAAUUCUAUGUUAGAAUUUUUCCAAUCUCUUGUUACAACAAAACUGCCUGGUGUGACAUAUAGGGACUUAUUAGGACGACUUACUGCACCAAUUUGUGCUGUCAAUGGACAACAAAAUCAAAGUAGUGGCUCUCACUUGAUUCACAAGCAAGCUUACCAUUCUAUUGCUAAAUGUGUUGCUGCACUGACUGUCACCUGCCCCAAUGAAGCCUUACCAGUUGUACAACAGUUCCUUCAAGAGUUAAAGAGCAAGAGAAAUGUUGAUAGUAUUCAAUUAUUUGCUUUGUUGGCUGUGGGAGAAAUUGGAAAACAUAUUGAUUUGAGCAGUAUACCUGAACUGAAAACAGUCCUUUUAGAUUCAUUUUCAUCACAAAGUGAGGAAGUUAAAACUGCUGCAUCAUUUGCUUUAGGAAGUGUUGCUAUUGGAAAUUUACCAGAGUAUCUCCCUUUUGUUCUGAGUGAAAUAGAAAAUCAGCCAAAGCGUCAAUAUUUAUUACUACACUCUCUAAAGGAGAUUAUUAGUUGCCAGUCUGCAAGUCCUGCUACUGUUAAGCUACUGCAGCCUUUUAUUCAAAAUGUUUGGUCGAUGUUAUUCAAUCAUUGUGAAUGUACUGAAGAAGGGACAAGAAAUGUGGUUGCAGAAUGCUUAGGAAAACUAACAUUAAUUGACCCAGGUCACCUCUUACCUGAAUUAAAGGCAUAUCUUUCCUCAGAUUCUCCUCUUGCACGAAGUACUGUUGUCACUGCAAUGAAAUUCACUAUAUCUGAUCAGCCGCAACCUAUUGAUUCUUUAUUACGAGGUUGUAUAGGAGAUUUUCUAAAAACAUUAAAAGACCCAGAUUUAAAUGUGAGGCGAGUUGCCUUGGUAGCCUUCAACUCAGCAGCUCACAAUAAACCUUCCUUAAUCAGAGAUUUAUUGGAUUCUAUUUUACCUGAAUUAUACAAUGAAACAAAAGUCAGGAAAGAACUUAUAAGGGAAGUUGAAAUGGGGCCUUUUAAACACACAGUGGAUGAUGGUCUUGAUAUUCGUAAAGCUGCCUUUGAAUGUAUGUACACAUUACUAGAUUCUUGCCUUGAUCGUAUAGAUAUUUUUGAAUUUCUUAAUCAUGUUGAGGAUGGUUUAAGAGAUCACUAUGACAUCAAGAUGUUGACAUACCUUAUGCUAGUACGACUCGCUUCUCUUUGUCCAUCUGCAGUUUUGCAAAGGAUAGAACGUCUUGUAGAUCCUUUAAGAGUAACCUGUACCACCAAAGUGAAAGCUAAUUCUGUUAAGCAAGAAUUUGAGAAACAAGAUGAGCUGAAGAGAUCAGCUAUGAGAGCUUUUGCUGCAUUACUUGCAGUACCAGAUGCAGAUAAAAAUCCAUUAAUGAUUGAUUUUCUAGCUCAAAUCAAAUCAACUCCAGACCUUCAAGUACUGUUUGAAGGAAUCCAAAAAGAUUGUUCCACGACAACUACAAUCACGGAUACUUAUCUAAUGGACAUAAGUUAAAAUAUAGUAGGAAAUUAAUAGUUAUUUUAAAUAUGAUUCAAAAUAAAUCACCUAUUCCAGUUGAAAUAGGGCAGCAUCUUCUCUAUGAUAAAGAGUAUUACACGCUGUUUUUCAACUGUAUUUUUUUUUCUUUCUUUGUUUUUUUGAAUGGCCUAAAAAUGGAACUCACCGCCAGAUUCACGCUUUGUACAUUGGCUCCGAUUCAUUAUUUUUUUAAGAUAAAGUUUGUAAAAGAUAUAAAUUGUUUUCUCCUUCCUUUUUCUUUUACACCUUUUUAAAAUGUUUUUGCCAAUGCUAAUGUUUGCUCUGUAUUUGAGCAUGUAAACAUACGAUUCGUAAUAAAAGCUUUUUGACAGAA